UCUGUGUAAAAACCGUCCUAACUUAAGGUAAUAUUUGCUGAUAAUUCCCAUCAAACAAUGGCUCGUAAUGCGAUAUUCGCUCGGAUGGAAACGAUCUGCGCCGAGGUGAUGGAAAUGCCGGAAAUCUUUCUCGCCGACGACGAUGACGAUGAUGAUGAGCAGUGUGAAAAUCUCGACGUAGACGAACCGGAUGACGAAGCAUCGGACGACAUUCCAGCUUCAGCCGAGGAUUGUGAUCGAGAAGAAGGGGCGGGAAAAGAUGAAUCAACUGGAAAAGCGGUUGGGAAAAGCAGCGGCGUUAAGGCUGAUGCCGACCGGGAAAAGGGCGUAUCGGUGAAGGUCAACUGUGAUGAUAAAAAGCAGCAACGUUAUGCCAAGUGGAUUUCGCGAGCAUUGCGAACAGCAGUCAACCCCAUUGUUUCCAGAUUUAAUCUUAAUCUUAAAGUAAACCUUGACUUGAACGUAGCGAAUAAGCCGAAUGCUACUCAGAAAAAUGACCCAAAAAAUAGCAACGAGCCAGCGAAACCCGACAGCAAGCCGAAACCUACUCUGCAUCAACAGCAACGGCGAGCUGAUCUCACUAGGAUUAAAGAACUGGAAAAGGAUAACCGACAUCUCGAGAAAGUGUUUGGAAAAAUUGUUACAGCUUACACCGAUAUGAAAACCAAACUUUCAGAAAAGACAACGGAAUUGGAUGUGUACCAGAACAAAGCAUUAAACGAAGAAGCCAAAGUGCGACAGUUGUCUGAAGAACGGAACAAACUGAAGGAGCAGUCAGAACAUGAAACAUCUGUCAAUAAGCAGUUAGUAGAGGAAAAGCUCCAAUUGCUAAGCAAAAUUUCGGAAACGCAACGUAAACUGGAUACCCUAAACAAAGAAUUCAACAGCAAAUGUAUGCUAGCCAAGGAACUGGAAUCCAAACUGAGCCAAUCACAGGAGCAUCAUAAAAAUACUAUCGAAAUGGAGAAAACACGUUUUUCAGCCGUGCUAAGUGAAAAACAAGCCGUUAUUGAUUCCAGAGAGGAACAGUUACAGCUGAUGAAAACCGAAUUACAGUCGCUUCAGGAUAGUAAAGCUUCUUUUGAAACCCAAUUCCAACAAACCAUUCAACAGUACCAACAUAAGAGCAAUCAACUGGAAUUAAAAAUUGUUGAAUUAAUGCGACAGAAUCGUGAUCUAAAUACUCUCGUCGGAAGAGGAUUGCCAUCGCUGGAAAAUAGCACUGUAAUGGAGCCAACUUCACACUCCACUGGAUACGGCUAUACGUGUCCACUUUGCGGAACGCCCUUCAAAAACCUCGGAGACCUACAGAUUCAUACGGAGAACUGCGGAACGUGAUAAAAGUAUCGAGAUUGUUUAUCAAUAAAUAUAAGUAAAGCU